AUGCGGAUAUCUCUACGCUGUGAACGGACAGCAGACGCCUUGAGCGCCAAUGCUCCCUUUGUGAAGAUGGUGACGGCCCGUGUUCUUCAUCGGUCUGGAAAGAUACUUGCGCGCCAACUCCGCAAGCAUAAUACACGGCGGAACCGUAUGCUUAUACACACGCAACACCCUUCUUCCCCGCACAAUCGGACGAUUCAGCAACACGUGAUAUGUCCCCGCGAUUUCGCGACCAAGCGACACAUCGAUGCUUAUACCGAGGACGGCGCCGCCGUGGAUGGCGUUGGGGUCGGGGUCUUGUACUUUGUAGGCGGUGAUGCCGGCGCAGGCGCGGUAGAUGUUUGCGCUGUUGCGGCGGGCUUGUUGGGCGAUUAG